AUGGCCCUCGAAACCGAGACAGACUCCAUUGUCCAGCAAUUCGAAUACUCGGACAAUGAUGUCAACAAGGCAGUGAAGGAAUUCCUCCGCCAAGCGGACGAGGGACUCGAGAAGGAUGGGACAAGCUUGAGCCAAAUUCCGACCUAUGUCACAGCCGUACCCAAUGGCACUGAGAAGGGGUUGUACAUGGCCGUCGACCUCGGUGGUACGAAUUUCCGCGUGUGCUCGAUCCAACUGCUCGGCGACGGCACCUUCAGCCAUACGUACAACAAGGUCGCCGUCCCGAAAAACUUGAUGGUGGCUAAGAAGGCGGAGGAUCUCUUUGCCUUUUUGGCUCAGGAGAUUAAGAAGUUUCUUGAGGAGCAUCACAGCGAGGAUUUUGAGCACCACAUCCGUCGUCGCAUGACCGUCAGCUCUCCAGAUGGAUUCCGGGACGAACACAUCUUCCGCAUGGGGUUCACUUUCAGCUUUCCCGUCAAGCAGGUUGGAAUCAACAAAGGCACCCUCAUCAGGUGGACCAAGGGUUUCGACAUCCCCGAUGCCAUCGACAAAGAUGUGUGUGCGCUUCUGCAGGCCGAAAUCGACAAGCUCCAUCUCCCAAUAAAGGUGGCUGCUCUCGUUAACGAUACCGUCGGCACGCUCAUGGCGCGCUCGUACGCCGCUCCGGGAAAGAAUGGCUCUGUGCUGGGUGCCAUCUUUGGCACGGGUACCAACGGCGCUUACGUCGAGAAGUUGUCGAAGCUAAAGAAGCCCCUGGCCGGCGACUACGACCAGUCAACCGGGGAGAUGGUGAUCAACACGGAAUGGGGCUCGUUCGACAACCAGUUGAAUGUCCUGCCGACGACCAAGUGGGAUGCUUCCCUGGAGAAGGACAGCUUGAACCCCGGUUUCCAAAUGUACGAGAAGCGUGUUUCGGGCAUGUUCCUGGGCGAGAUUCUUCGUCUCGUCGUUGUCGAACUCCUGAACAAUCCCGAAGUCUCUUUCUUUAAGGACGAGAACUCGAGCUCCAAUGACCGGGGAUCAGUAACCAUCAUUUCGCGGGACUCGGGUCUGUUCAAGCAAUGGGGUCUGGACACAGCCAUCAUGUCAACGGCCGAACUCGACCAAGAUCCAGAGCUCACUGGCCUGCGUCAAGCUCUCGAAAACAACCUCCACGUCUACGCCCCCGCGUACGAGGAUGCCCUGGCGUUCAAGAAGGUUGCGCACGCCAUUGGCCGCCGCGCCGCGCGUCUCUCGGCCGUCGCCAUCGGCGCCAUUGUACUCCAGACCGGCAAGCUCAACGACAAAGACGUGACUGAAGAAGACCCCAUUGACAUCGGCGUCGACGGCAGUCUAGUCGAGCAUUACCCAGGCUUCCGCCCCAUGAUCUACGAAGCCCUGCGCGCCAUCGACGGCAUCGGCGAGGAAGGCGCCAAGCGCAUCCGCAUCGGCCUCACCCAGGACGGUUCCGGCGUCGGUGCCGCCCUCAUUGCCCUCGUGGCCGCGGGCAUGGAGAAGAAUGCGAACGCCGAGUACAUUGGCGAGCUCCGCUCGACUUCCAAGGCUGCUGCCGCUACGGACGGGUCGGCGGACGAGAAAGCAACCAAUUCGGACUAG